UUGCACCCGCGAAUCCAGCAGCACACGACGCAAAGACCUCAGCAGCGUGCGCUCAGACUGCGCACCUUUGCGCGACUGCGACAAACGCUCCGCGAAGGGCCGUGCUCCGAGCCUGAGACUUGACGCUCUCGCGACAGGAUCUGACUCUCCACCGUCGACUGUCUGUCGCCCGACCUGACCUGUGCGCAGUCAGAGGUAUGGGCAGCACCCAAUUCGCCAAUAGCCAGACAGUCACACGGGCACCGAGCCAGAUCGUCUCAUUAUCCAAGCAUCGGCCAUCUGCCAACGGCAAAGGUGCAUCUCCAGAGAGUAUGUCCGUCUCUGCCAAUGGUCACGCCAAUCAUUCGCCAAGUCGCGCGCACAGCAGUGCUGCCACGUCGGCAACAAUUGAGGGCCGACCACCUUCGAAUCCUCGCUUGCUAGGAGCGCAUCGUCAUCAUCCCAUAGAGUCACAUACGCCCGCUCCUGGAGCGUCGCAUGAGCUUCAUCGGCCUCCGUCAAGCGGCCAGCCGUUGCCAAGCUCGACGUCAGGUUUCAAUUCUGCGGUAGCUCAGAUCCUGCAGCUCGGCGCAGAUCGCAAUGCAGCUGCCGCGGCAUCCCACCAACGUUUCACUGGCCGCUUGGCUCCGAUCAACGAGCGCAGACUGUCCGAUCGACCGCCUUCGCCGGGCUUGCCGGGCCAGUCACGCCCGAAUCCUACUUUGCUUAAGCUUGAUCGUGAGACUGAAGCUUGCUGGAUGCAAGUCGCGCGUCUCUCUGACACGCUUGGCAAUUGGCAGCGCGCAAUCGCCGGCUUCGAGACUGCGCUACGCCACAAUCCAUUCAAUCGCGAAGCUUUGACUCAGAUGGCGAGGAUCCUUCGCCAGCAGGAAGAAUAUGUACAAGCGGCCGAGUUGCUGACACGAGCUCUUCAUCUCAAUGAGAAUGAAGGCGACGAUUGGGGCGCUCUCGGGCAUUGCUAUCUCAUGAUCGACGAGCUGCCGAAAGCGUACACCUGCUACCAGCAAGCGCUGUUGCAUUCGCACAGCCCAAAAAGCGAGCCUAAGCUGUGGUACGGCAUCGGCAUACUGUACGAUCGCUAUGGCAGUCUCGAACAUGCUGAGGAAGCUUUCGCCAGCGUCAUCAAGAUGGAUCCGAGUUUUGACAAGGCGAAUGAGAUCUACUUCCGUCUUGGCAUCAUCUACAAACAACAGCAGAACUCGCACGCAAGCUUGUCAUGCUUCAAGUACAUCCUCCACAAUCCGCCACGGCCGCUCACAGAGAUCGAUAUCUGGUUCCAGAUCGGCCAUGUUUACGAACAACAGAACGAGUAUGAAGCAGCCAAAGACGCCUACGAUCGCGUGCUCGGCGCCAAUCCGACUCAUGCCAAAGUUUUGCAGCAGCUUGGCGGUCUUUAUCAGCGGCCGAAAGCAAGUUUCUUCGAUCCAGAGCUGUCUGUCGAGAUUCUGACCAGAAGUCUCGAACAUGAUCCUUCUGAUCCUUUCAGCUGGUAUCUGCUAGGAAGAGCGUUUAUGACGACAAGCAAUUUCGGUAAAGCCUACGAGGCGUACCAACAGGCAGUCUACAGAGACGGCAAGAACGCAGCCUUCUGGUGCUCUAUCGGCGUGCUGUACUACGAGAUCAACCAAUUCCACGACUCGCUCGACGCCUAUUCUCGCGCAAUCCGGAUAAAUCCAUACAUCUCUGAGGUUUGGUUCAAUUUAGGCGCACUCUACGAAUCCUGCAACGAUCAGAUGACGGAUGCAAUCGACGCGUACGAGCGCACUUUGUCGCUAGACCGAAACAACGAGGUCGUCGCUCAGCGUUUGCAAGACAUACGAGCGCAUCAGCGCACGGGCGCGCCUUUGCUUCGUCCGCCACAGCCUAUCGACAUCUCGCCGGCGUCGCAAUCGUGGCAAAUUGCAGACUCGGCCAACGGCCCGCCUUCGGCACUAUCGCAGCUGGACCCUUCGGCGCAAGACCACCGCGUUGCGCAGACCUCAGGAUCACGCCGACAGUCUUACUCUCCGGAGCACGUCGAGCUGGCGCCUAGCGCUCCACACGGGCAAGCGCAUAUGAGACCGAGACCUAGCAGCUCAGAUCCAUACGAUCAGGGCCCGCCGACUGCAAUAAGAAGACGGAGCUCUGGCUUCUCUUCAGCUAAUGCGCCCACUGCCAUGAGAUCUCUGCAUCAGGCCUCGGCGCCGCCGCACCAUCUGCCUCACAUCAAGUCUGUAUACGAUCCGCGCGUUUCGCCUGCACCCUCUGGUGAUCCUCGUCGCUCGCCAAACGUCUCACCGCGCCUACGAGGUCGCGAGCAGCAUGCAAUGCCAAUGCAAAUGCCACAUUCGCAAGCGAGGCCGAAUCAAGAGCCGGCACAUGCUCAACAUCCUGAGAGAUAUGUAUCAUCAAUUGAUGCCACACGAGCAGGGAGAUAUCCGGCUAUUGAUCCUCGGGAUCCACGCACAGAAGCAGAAUGGCAUCGAGCUGACAGGGAAGCUCGAGGUGUUCGCCGUGGUCCAGACUCUCGACCGGUUUCGCCUGCAUCAUCUCGCGAAUACUACGAGCAGCAUCAAGCUCCAGACGCUUACCGUCGGGGCGGACCUCACUCGCCGACCUAUCAGGCGCAUAUGAACGCUAAUCACUACGCUCGUCCCUACGCUGAUCAUCGCGGUGUAUCGCCUUCUGCCCAAUACGGUCCAAUGCUUGGCUAUGCAUCGAAGCAUCCUCUUGGCGAUCGUGAAAUGCCGAUCGACGGUCGGAGACGAUACGAUGACCGGGAAGCGCUAGAAGGACGCAUGUCACAUCGAUAUCCGGGCGGCAUACCUUCUAUGUCCGGCAUGCCGAUGCAGGACAGCGACAUGGCAAUGCAUCCCGGCGGGUACGCUCAGCGUGGCAUAUCGCCAUCUGGUAAGGAGCCAAAGUCGACCGCUCGUGCAAGGAUGGGCAAGCCCGCGUCACCAGACGACAUAAGUAUGACCGAUGGACAGGCACCGGCAAAGGCAGCGCCGAAGCCCCGCAAGAAGGCAUCUGCUAAUCCUGCCGGCGCGGAUGGCACUACGGCAGACAGCAAGAAGGAGAAAAAGCCUCGCUCUGCGACUGCAAAGAAGCCUCGCUCUUCUACACCCCUCAAGGGCAAUGCAAAGAGUGCACCGACUGGACCUGCGAACAAGUCUGGCCCAGGUCUGCCUCCCGUUGUUCUGAAUCGUGAAUCAGCGCCAGCGCCCAUCGCGCCACCGCCUUCAGCUCAGCCGAUCAUGUCCACAUCAUCUGACAUGGUCCGCACAGAGUCUCAAGGCACUCGAGAGAGAGCAGACAAUGCCGCAGAUGCCCUACUCGGCUUGGCAGCUUCGGGCGCAAAACCCAGAGUCUCACCGCCGUCUGCACAACCUUCUAAUCCGCUCAAACGGUCUCUUGGCGACAGCACGUCUACUGAAGCCGGCCAAGAAGCAAAGAAGCCUCGUGCCGCCACUUCGAGUCCGCCUCAUAAUGCCCCAAGCCAGGCUAGCGUACCUACGCCGACACAGACGACCUCAAGCGCGCCACGCUCGUCGCCGACAGAUGCAGCUAUUCCGUCCGCUGUAGCCGAUGCGCCCGCUAUCUCUGCGCCUUUGACACUUGUACCGGAAGCUACUGCUGCAUGAAUUGUAUCAAUAAUAGAAGAUUGCAGAUUUGCGUGCGGCCUGUCUCCGAUAGACAUACAGCCGGCUCAGGUUUUGUGACAUUGACUGCUUGCCGCACAGUGGUAUCGCGCCGCGACGGCAGGUUGCCCAGCGAACCUAGCGCCGGCGCCAACGCCUGCACGAUCCUGAUCUGUAUCUUUCAUCAAAAUCAGAAAAACAGAAAAAAACCGGAAAAGCCAAGUGACCCUCGUCACGACCCAAAAGUCAGCGAAGCGAGAUCAUGUCCACCCUGACAAAGCUGACAUGCUUUUCCAAG